AUGCCCCAAUCAACAACCCACCCCCGCCUCCGCGCCCAAGUCCCCCAUCCCCCGGCCGUAGUCCACAUCCGCAACCUCUCCACCAUCCUCACCCGCGCCGGCCACGACGCCUGGGGCCGCGCAGGCAAAUCGCAGCCCUGCCUGGUCUCGGCCGAGGUUGCCUUUCGGGACCCCUUUGGGCGCGUUUCAGAGUCGGAUUCACUCGGUGAAGAGACGGUGCAUUAUGGGACGUUGAGUAAGAGGGUUCUGGGGCUGCUGGAGGGGUAUGAGAAGGAGGCGGAGGUUGAGAAGGGGGAGGAGAAACAGGAGAGAGGAGUGAGGGAGGUGUUGGAGCGGGUGUGGGUGGACUUUUUGGGGUUGGGGUUGGAUGGGUUGAAGGUGGUGGGCAGCGAUGGGAAGGGGGAGUCGACGUCCACAUUUUUGAACCCUAAACGGCUCAGUUUGUUGUCUCUCGCCGUGGAUCUGCCCAAAGCUUCGCUUCUCGGUGAUGGUGUCAAGCUGACUACGAGCGCGGUAUUCGAUGAGGGAGGCAGUGUUAUAGAGACGGCAUCGGCCCUGGAGGUUACGAAGUUGAAGGUGCCGACCCUGAUCGGAGUGAACGCAAACGAACGCCUAGCAAAGCAGUUUGUCAUCGCUACGGUUACGGUGGAAGGGUACACGAGGAAGGAGGAUAUUUAUGUCGAGAUUGAGCGGGCGGUUGUCAAGGCCAUGGAAGAGUCAUCGUUUGAGACACUUGAAGCCUUGGGGGCCCUUCUAGCACAGACAGUCCUCGCCUUCUCAUUUCCCCAGGAGGGGUGGUGGGUGCGCGUUCGCAUGGAGAAGCCCACGGCAGUGCCGAUGGCGGAAUGUCCCAUCGUGGAGGUCCAAGAUAGGCUACACUAA